AUGAUAAAGAGAGAAACAAGAUGCUCGAAAGAGUUUGAGAAGCUGGCGGAGGCAAAGCAAUAUCGAGAUAUUUACAAGAACAACCCAGCCAGAUGCCAGGUCAGGACAGAGAUGAUAGAUAAAGGCUCAAAGUCAGUGGAUCGCGAAGUGAAGUUUCAACAUUGGCAAUUCGACUAUUUAAUCUGGGAGUAUUACCUGAAGAAGCUAAAAAAGCUGCUGUCGAGAGAUCCAGUACUCAAGACGAUCAAGCUGAAGCUGACCAGAUCGCUACGCGGACCGAUAACAGUGCCCACACCAACCCCCAACGUGUCUAAGGGGCUACAGAGUCCCAUCAAUCCGCUAAAGGAGGUGGUGUUUACGGAGGGAACGUUCAACGCACAAACUAUAUUAGAAUGCAACCACGAUCGAGUGACCGCUACCGGAAAGUCGCUGUUUAAGAAGGUGAGUCCACUUCUAGGCAUACGUGACCCCGGAGACAACCCGACCCCGCCGAUUGGCACCUCGGAUCAACGGAUCACGCCGCGAAUUACGACGGAUCAAGUUCUCACGCCGAUAAACGAUUUUCCCAAGGGUAAACACAUUGGAUCGUCUUGA